AUGGCUUAUUCAAAAGGGUACUACUCAUCAGCUUCAGGUUACAGCUUCACAGAAAACUGGCUUUUGAUGGCAGCUAUUACUCUCAUUUGUGGAAUUUUUUGUUACAUAAUCUAUGAUGCAAUAAUGGCUACUGCAUCAGAGUUGCUGCAACGUUUGUUGGUAAUUUCUCCAUUGCUUUUAAUCAUCAUUGUUCAUUGGCUCUCCACUGGUAGCCAGUUAAACUUUCCUAUGCCGGGAUCUGAACCAGGUGCUAUUCAUAGAGCUGGUGGUUCUCCUUGGGGUGUUGCCUUUGUCCUUUUGUUGCUUUUCUUUCUUAUUACCUACCAACCUUCCCUGCAUGACCUUAUUUCUUAG